CUUCACUAUACGAUUCACUGAUUAUUUCCACCAAAAAAAUAUUACAAACUAUUUGUAACAAUAGUUUUGUUUGACUUCACGUUAAAAAACAUCUAAUUUUGGGAAUAUUUUUCAAAAAACAACUAAUAAUACGUUUACAGCAAAAAACACAAUCCCAUUGUAUUUAUAAGUUUUUGUAGUUUUUGAUGCCAACGAUUGUCUCGACAUCAAAGAGACAGACAACUCGUUUGGUCCGACAGUAAAACAUAAAACUAUUGUCAAAAAUAUAUCAUAUAUUUUGUGAACGAAACAGCAUUUCCUCAAUAGUCUUGUCAUUUGUUGAUAUCAAACAUACCAUUGUGUUUGUGAAGUCAUAUCCAUUGAGCACUUGGUAAACAAUGCCCACACCGGAGCCGAUUGACCACUAUUUUGACGAGUCGUUCGUGCAGUCAGUUCGGGACCAGUUGUCGGAGAAGAUUGAAUGCAAUGCCGAUCUCUAUGACAAACGCGAUGUCCAUAAGCUGUUGACAUGCGAUUGGUUUGUCCGCCGGUUCCUCGCCUGGAGGCCCACACAAGUCGACUGUGCCGUCAAAUGCGUGGCCGAAGCCAUGAAAUGGAGGCACGCGUUGGGUAUCAAUGAUUGGACGGACAGCUACUUUCCCAUUGAGUUCUAUCAAUUGGCCGCGUGUUUCGCAUACCUGCCGGACAGGGAGGACAACAAUGUGCUGAUCAUUCGGCUAAAAAGCAAUCGCAGGGAUCCCAUACUGAAGCCCCACUUCGACGACUUGGCCCGAAACUACUUCAUCUAUGUCUGCGAGAAGAUUGUCAGCCAACACACGCACCGGGGCUUUUCCAUCGUGUUUGACUGUCACGGGGCCUCCCUGUCCAACGUUGACCUGGACUUCGCGCGUUUUAUCAUAUCAACCCUAUCUAACUAUUAUUCCGGUGCGCUGGUAUACGUGUGCGUGUACGAGUUACCAUGGAUAUUUAACCAGAUCUGGAAACUGGUCCGCUCGUGGCUCGACUCCGAGGCCAAAAAGUUGGUCCGUUUUGCCACCAAAAAGGAUGUCCAGCGACUCAUAGCGGCCGACCAUUUGCCCGAAUACAUGGGCGGCUCCGCCACCAAAGACUAUCGACUCGUACCCAAAGGCGCCCUCCCUAUCGAGGAUAUGGCCAAACAGUACGACAACCACUACUGCGAGAAUGAUAUACACAAACUAAUCACAUAUUUUCAGCGUAUGAUUGAAAAUUCCUGAAACACAAUACGUGUCUAUUUUUUAUGUAUUGACAUUUAAUUGUGUAAUUGUUGAUCAAUUCUUGUGUUUUGAAUAUUAAACAUACAUUUAGCUAAAAAUACC